AUGAUUAAAGAGUCAGUUUUAACAUUAUCUCAAGUAUUAAAUUCAUCACAUUCGAUAUUGAUUAAAUUUAUUGAAUUUAUUUCAAAAUGUCAAAUUGAUGAAAAUAUCACAAAAUUUUCUCCAAAUUCUUUUAGUGAAACAACAAUGAUCAUAAUCAAUUUUGAAGGUUAUGAACAAUUAUAUCAUGAAUUAUUUAAUGAUUUAUAUGAUUUGGAAGAAGUUUUAAAAGAUUUUAAAGAGUUGAUUAGAAAAGAAAGUCCAUGUUUUAAAGAAUAUACUCAAAAAUAUCAUGAACAUAGUUUAAAAGAUGAUGAGAUUGAUGAUGGGUUGUUCAGUCAGGAUGUUUUCACUGAGUUUGAUCAGGAUGAUUUUGAAAAAUUUUCUAAAAAGAGAAAAAUUAGAAUUGGUAUAGAGAAGAGAAAGUUGUUUAGUGAGUUUUAA